GGGGAGGGGGGUAGUUUCUAACCUCAGAGCUCGAAUUUCAUUUGCAAAAUCUAGAACAUCAAACCUGAGAUAGAAUUCAUUCAGCUCCUCUGCCAGCUGCUUAUCAGAUUUGGACCCAUCAAUAUCAAACCUCCUAUUGCUUUUUGCUUUAGCUCCAGUGAUUGUGUGCAUUCCAUCCCAGCAGACCCCAAAGUAUUUGUACUCAAGUCUCUCUCUAGCUUUUUCUUAUAGUCUUGUUUUGCCCUCCUUAUUUCACAUUUGAUUUCACGCUGCAGUCUGUGCUUCUCAACUAAAUUCUCCCUUGUGAAAUGUCUUGUUUCUCUCAUUUAUGAGGGCCUUUAUUGGCUUUGUAACCCAGGGCUUAUUAUUUGGACACACUUCAACAGAUUUCAUUGGAAUUACCAUGUCUUCACAAAAGGUGACAUAGCUUCUGAUAACAUCGGUGAGCUCAUCUAUAUCAGAACAAGAGACAGUAAAUACCUUCCAAUCUAUGCAGUCAUAGCACCCAGCAGACGUUGGAUGGAAUCAUCAGUCCAAGCUUUCACCUUCUUAGUCUGUGUUUUCUCCCAUCUCAGAACGGUUUCGUAGACUGGGACAAGGAGCACCCAGUUGUGAUCAGCUGACCCAAUAGGUGACUUGACUAUGGACACUUGGACAAAGUGAAGACAUUUUGGCAAAUCGAGGAGAUUUUGUCAAAUCAGGGCAUUGCUAUAAGGAUGAGGGUGUGGUCAUUGGAACAGUGUGGGGAGACAGGCGUGGUCCUCCUGGGCUUCCUUACACUGGCGGUGUCUGUGGGGAACCUGUCCACCAGGGGCCUGCAGGAGGAGGGCGUGGCCUCCAACAGUCUGGAGGAGGAGCUGGAGGUGACCACAUACUGGUGGGGGGAGUGGGCCAAGUGGACGGCCUGCACCCGCACCUGUGGAGGAGGAGUGAUGGCACAGGAGAGACACUGCCUCAAACAGAGAAAGAAAGUUGCUGCUGGGAAGGACAACAUGACUUGUACAGGAACCGCUAAGAAAUAUCACCUCUGCAACACUAAAGAAUGCCCUGCCACUGGGAGGAGUUUCAGAGAGGAGCAGUGCUGGUCCUUCAACUCCCAGCUUUACAAUGGGAGGAACUAUCAGUGGAAACCUCUGUAUCCUGACGACUACGUUCACAUCUCCAGUAACCCCUGCGACCUCCACUGCACCACAACCGACGGCCAGAGGCAGCUGAUGGUGACGGCGCGAGACGGCACUUCCUGCAAGUACAGCAGCUACCGCGGCGUCUGUGUGGACGGUAAGUGUGAGCCGAUCGGAUGUGACGGCGUACUCUUCUCCUCCAACAUCCUGGAUAAGUGCGGCGUCUGUCAGGGCGACGGCAGCAGCUGCAGCAGAGUCACCGGAAACUUCCGCCGCGGCGCCACGACUCUGGGUUACUCCUUUAUCACUCAAAUCCCUGAAGGAUCAUGGGACAUCCAGAUCAUUGAGAGGAAAAAGUCUGCUGAUGUUCUAGCUGUGACCGAUCAGGCCGGCAACUUCUUCUUCAACGGGGCCUACAAGGUGGACAGUCCCCAGAACUUCCACGCUGCAGGCACCGUCUUCAAAUACCGCCGACCCAUGGACGUGUACGAGACCGGGAUCGAGUACAUUGUCGCCAAAGGGCCCAUUGACCAGGCCAUCAAUAUCCUGGUGUGGAACCAGAACGGUCGCACGCCGUACAUCACCUACGAAUACACCGUCCUCCGAGACUCCCUGCCCCCUGUCCCACCUCCUCCUGUCUACACUGGAACGGACACCUCAGCCGGGGAAGUCUCUGUGGAGGUGGGAGGUAUGCUGGCCCCCAACAGCAGCCUUUACGACCAGACAGCCCCCGACGGCCAGUUAGAGCCGGGUGGUGGCGACGGACAGAAGGGCCAAGAGACCAACGAGGUGUAUGAGGAGACGGCGGACAUCGACUGCGACCAGGAUGGAGUACCUGCACCAAAAUUUACAGAAGGAAAUAGCAGCCAUACAGGAAGCACUGCUCACCCUGCCCCUGCCGGGGGGCCCCUGGACGCAGGACCAGACUCCCCAAACCUCAUCUGGAGGGUCCUCCUGGAUGGCCGAAUAGGCCCAGAUGAGCUGCUUAUUAACAUCUCAACCAAUCAGCUGCUGACAGAAGGAGACAGUUUGUUCUCAUCGGAAGUGGGACCAGUGGAGGUGGAACUGAGCAGCCUGGAGCGAGACAGUCUAAAUGACACGUUGGAGUUCACUCUGGGUCGCAAACGCAACGACAGCGGAGAUGCUCCCUAUCAGAACAAAACAGUGCAGAGUGGUGGGAGGACCUCCAGCCGCUCCAACAGAACCAGAGGGAAUCAGAGAUUCUACCAGAAGAACCUGAAGCUGAGUCCUGCUGACAUGUACCGCUGGAAACUUUCCUCUCAGGAGCCGUGCAGCAUGACCUGCUCUAUAGGAGUGUCCAAGUCCUUCGUCUCAUGCGUUCGUUACGACGGCAUCGAGGUGCACGACAUGUACUGCGACGCUCUGACCAGACCGGAGCCGGUUCACGACUUCUGCAUCGGGAGAGAAUGUCAGCCCAGGUGGGAGGCGAGCAGCUGGAGCGAGUGUUCCAGGACCUGCGGGGAAGGUUUCCAGUUUCGUCAGGUGCGCUGCUGGAAGAUGCUCUCGCCCGGCCUGGACAGCUCGGUCUACAGCGACCUCUGCACCAUGACCGACCUGGAGAGACCCAUGGAGAGACGAGCCUGCAAGAGCCCCGCCUGCGGCCCGCAGUGGGAGGUGGCCGAGUGGACCGAGUGUCCUGCUAAAUGUGGCCGCAGAGCCCAGGUGACCCGCGAUGUCCGCUGCUCUGAUGAAACCAGACCAUGUGACCCGAUGACCAGACCACUAAAUAUCAAAAACUGCACCGGUCCGCCCUGCGAACGCCACUGGACCGUGUCCGAGUGGGGGCCUUGCUCGGGGUCGUGCGGCCAGGGGAAGAUGGUGCGUCAUGUGUACUGUAAGGCUCCUGAGGGUCGCGUGGUUCCUGAGAACCAGUGCUCCGCGGAGGACAAGCCGCUGGCCAUCCACCCCUGUGGGGAGAGAGACUGCACUCCGCACUGGCUGAGUCAGGACUGGGAGAGGUGUAACACCACCUGCGGUCGCGGUGUGAAGCGGAGGAUCGUCCUGUGUGUCGGCAUCAGCAGCGGAAAGUUCCAGAUCUUAGAUGACGAGGCAUGCGGCGGCGCCGAGAAGCCCGAGGACGAAAAUACCUGCUUUGAGAGGCCAUGUUUCAAAUGGUACACGACACCCUGGUCUGAGUGCACUAAGACGUGCGGUGUGGGCGUGAGGAUGAGGGACGUGAAGUGUUACCAGGGCAGGGAGCUGGUCCGAGGCUGCGACCCCCUCACCAAACCGGUGGCCAAACAGACCUGCACUCUGCAGCCCUGCCCCACUGAGCCUCCAGAUGAGAGCUGUCAGGAUCGUCCCUCCACCAACUGCUUGCUGGCGCUGAAGGUCAACCUGUGCAGCCACUGGUACUACAGCAAGGCCUGCUGCCACUCCUGCCGCGCCGUACGACCUCCCAGCUCCUAGUCCAGGACAAC